AUGACUAAUAACUUUCAAGUUGUUCUUGGUAAGGGAGGAAAUGAUUUGGCUCUCAUAUACGAGUACAUGGAAAAUGGAAACUUAAAGGAACAUCUCUCAGGAAAACGUAGAGGCUCUACUUUGAAUUGGUCAAGUAGACUUAAAAUAGCUAUAGAGUCUGCAUUAGGAAUUGAAUAUUUGCAUAUUGGAUGUAAGCCGCCAAUGGUCCAUAGAGAUGUAAAAAGUACCAAUAUAUUGAUAAGUAAAACUUUUGAAGCCAAACUUGCCGACUUUGGACUUUCAAGAUCUUUUUUAGUGGGGAGUAAUACUCAUGUAUCAACAAACGUUGCUGGAACUUUUGGAUACCUUGAUCCAGAAUACUACCAAAAGAAUUGGUUAACGGAGAAGAGUAAUGUUUAUAGCUUUGGUAUAGUGUUACUGGAGAUUAUCACUGGCCAACCGGUGAUUGAACAAUCACGUGAAAAGUCUUACAUAGUAGAAUGGGCCAAGUCUAUGCUCGCAAAUGGUGAUAUUGAUAGUAUUAUGGAUCCGAAUCUCCAUCGAGAAUAUGACACAAGUUCAUCUUGGAAAGCUCUUGAAUUAGCUAUGUCAUGCGUUAACCCUUGUUCCACAGAGAGACCAAACAUGACAAGGGUUGCUCAUGAACUCAAUGAGUGUUUGGAGAUAUAUGAGAAGUUUAUAAAAAGAAGUCAAGAUGCAAACCCAACCAAUUCCAUGGGACAUGGCACAAGUUUCAUCAGUGACACUCCUUCAGCUCGUUAA